UUCCGCAGCCCGGAAGUGGUCCAGGCCGGGGAAGGCGUCAGCGAAGUGAUGGCGUCCGCGGCCGAGCUGGAGGAGGCGGAGCGGUGCCCGCAGGGGCAGCUCGGCCCGGGGGACCUGGAGGAGGAGGAGGGCCAGAGCGACGAGGCGCUGCCCCUCAACCUGGGAGAGCUUGACCUGACCUCCGAAGAGUUCAUUCUGGAUGAAGUGGACAUCCACAUCCAAGCCAACCUGGAAGACGCGCUCGUGCAGGAGGCCCUGAAGACGGGGGUGGACCUCCGGCAGUACUCCAAGCAGGUGGAGCAGGAGCUGCAGCAGAUUGAAAAUGCCUCCAUCAAGGACUACAUUAAGGAGAGCAAGAACAUCGCCUCCCUGCACACCCAGAUCACAGCCUGCGACGCCGUCCUGGAGCGCAUGGAGGCCAUGCUGAGCUCCUUCCAGUCGGACCUGAGCAGCAUCAGCUGUGAGAUCCAGACCCUGCAGGAGCAGUCGGUCGCCAUGAAUGUUCGGCUGCGCAACCGCCAAGCUGUCCGCGGGCGCCUCUCCCAGCUGGUGGAUGAGCUGGUGGUGCCCAAUGUCAUGAUCAGCACCAUCCUGGAGAUGCCGGUCACUGACCAGGCCUUCCUGGAGCAGCUGCACGAGCUGAACAACAAGAUCAACGCCGUCAAGGAGCAGGCCUUCCGCGAGACCAUGGCGUGCACGGACGUGGCUGACAUCUUGGACAAGCUGAAGACCAAGGCAGUGGCCAAGAUCCGAGAGUUCAUCCUGCAGAAGAUCUACUCCUUCCGCAAACCUAUGACCAACUACCAGAUCCCCCAGAAUGCUCUGCUCAAGUACAGGUUUUUCUACCAGUUCCUUCUGGGCCAUGAGCGGAUCAUCGCCAAAGAGGUUCGCGACGAGUACGUGGACACCAUGAGCAAGAUCUACCUCAGCUACUUCAAGUCCUACACCAGCCGCCUGAUGAAGCUCCAGUAUGAGGAAGUGGCUGAGAAGGACGACCUCAUGGGAGUGGAGGACACAGGCAAGAAGGGCUUCUUCUCCAAGCCCUCCCUCCGCAGCCGCAACACCGUCUUCACGCUGGGGAACCGGGGGAACGUGAUCAGCAGCGCUGAGCUGGAGGGCCCCAUCAUCGUUCCGCACUCAGCACAGAAGAGCGACAUCCGCUUUCCCUUCGAGUCGCUUUUCCGGAGCCAACACUACGCCCUGCUGGAUAACAGCUGCCGCGAAUACCUCUUCCUAUGCGACUUCUUCCUGGUGGCCGGGACGCCUGCCCUGGACCUCUUUCACGCUGUCAUGGGCAAGACCCUGGCCCUGUUCCUCAAGCACAUGGACGCCUACGUGAGCGACUGCUACGACAGCAUCGCCAUCUUCCUGUGCAUCCACAUCGUCCUGCGCUUCAAGGCCAUCGUGGCCAAGCGCAACGUCCCGGCCAUCGACAAGUACUGGGACACGUUGCUGGAGCUGCUCUGGCCGCGAUUUGAGCAUAUUCUGGAGCUGAACAUCCACAGCAUCCAGAACACGGACCCCCAGAAGCUGGGCUUCCUCGACACACGGCCCCACUACAUCACCCGCCGGUACGCAGAGUUCUCCUCGGCCAUCGUCAGCAUCAACCAGACCUUCCCCGAUGAGCGGACCUUGGCCCUGCUGGGGCAGCUCCAGACCGAAGUGGAGAACUUUGUCCUGCGUGUGGCGGCUGAAUUCUCCUCCCGCACGGAGCAGCUCAUCUUCCUCAUCAACAACUACGACAUGAUGCUGGGCGUCCUGAUGGAGCGAGCUGUGGAGGAGAGCAAAGAAGCGGAAGGUUUCCAGCAGCUGCUGAAUGCCCGGACUCAGGAGUUCAUCGAGGAGCUCCUGGCCCCCGGGUUCGGGGGCAUGAUCGCCUUCGUGAAGGAGGUGGAGGGGCUGGCCGAGCGGGGCCAGCUGGAGCGUCUGCAAGGGGAGGAGGCCCGGGUGACGCAGCUGGUGCGCGGCUUUGCCGCCACAUGGAAGGCGGCCGUGGAGGCCCUGAGCCAGGACGUGAUGCGCUCCUUCACCAACUUCAGGAACGGCACCACCAUCAUCCAGGGGGCGCUGACACAGCUGAUCCAGUACUACCACCGCUUCCACAAGGUCCUGGCACUGCCCCCCCUCAAGGCGCUGCCCGCCCGGUCGGAGCUCAUCAACAUCCACCACCUGAUGGUCGAGGUGAAGAAGCACCGGCCCAACUUCUGAGGGGCCUCGGCCCCUUUCUCUUUGUACUGAUGUUAAUAAACUCUCCUGUGACUCAAAGGCCU